AACAGGCCCCGCCUCAGGGCCGCGACCGCCUGCCGCCUCGCUUCAACCUCCGCCUUCACCUCCGCUUCAACCUCCGCCUUCACCUCAGUUUUCGCCUCCGCUUCAACCUCCGCCUUCACCUCAGCGCUGCUCGGUCCCGCUGCCGCCUGCCCGCGACUCCCCUCAGCUGCCGGGCCGCUCUCCCAGCCUCGUACGUCUGCGUGGCCCGAGACAGGGUAUUUCCAGGCGGUUCCAUUGAAAACCUUGGCCUUAGGGAAGGUUUCAAGCCACCCUUGAAUCUGUCCACUGCAGAAGAGAGCAAGCUGUGUUGAAAAGAGCUUCUGCCAUGAAAUGAGGUUCUAGUAUGUAUUUAUAAUUGAUAUAGUAAUCUGGACUUUGUACAGGAGGAGAAAAGCCUGACAUUCCUGAAAAUGGCAGCUGACACAUCCACAGAAGUUCCAAAAACUGCUAAACAAUUCGUCCUUAAAGAAGAGGUAAUUGUAGAAAGGAAAUGGUUGAAGCUUGAAGAAACAACUUAUACUGAUCCGUUUGGUAAAACCAGAACUUGGGAAACUGUAAAGCGUACUGGCAACAAAAAGGGUGUUUCAGCUGAUGGUGUAGCAGUGAUAGCGGUACUACAGAGAACUCUCCACUACGACUGCAUUGUCCUAGUGAAACAGUUCAGGCCCCCAAUUAACAGCUAUUGCUUGGAAUUUCCUGCAGGCCUCAUUGAGGAAAAUGAGACUGCAGAAAGCGCUGCAUUGCGAGAGUUGGAGGAAGAAACUGGGUACAAGGGGGAAGUCGUUGAAUGUACUCCAGCUCUCUGCCUGGACCCAGGUUUGUCAAACAGCACGACACACAUUGUGAGCGUCACCAUUAAUGGAGAUGAGGCUGAGAAUACAAGACCUAAGCAAAAACUUGAUGAUGGAGAAUUUGUGGAAGUUAUUUCACUUCCAAAGAACGAUCUACUGCAAAGAAUUGAUGAACUAGUAGCAGAAGAACAUAUUGCAGUGGAUGCCAGGGUUUACACUUACGCGUUGGCCCUGAAGCGUGCAGCAGAGAAACCGCUCCAAGUUCCUUUUAUGAAGUUCUGAAACUAGACAAUGAGAAAUUUAGGUGAAAACUACCCAAUUCAGAUAGUUUAGAAAGGUAACUCUUCUUGUAUUAAAGGUCUGUUGCUUUGCUUGUGGAGCAAACAGAAGUAUUUGUAGGAAUGAUUCUGAUAUUUUAUCUGGAAUUAUGUGACUGACAAAAAGCAUUCCUUCUAACUGCUCUGUCUAUCAAGCCUUGACAGAAUAAUCAUAAUAAAAAUGCUGUUUAAUUUUCA